AUGGUUUCUCAUAUGGUUUGUGUGGUCAACAUAAGUCAGAAUGAAUACUCUAACAAAUAUAUUGAGUAUUUAGCUCGUCAAAGAAGAAAUAAAGAAGUCAACGGCGGUGGACAACACAACAGAAAUUCGGAGCUAUUUCCCUUUAAGGAACUUCGUCUACUAAGCAUUGUUUCCAAUAGUUUUAAGGAUAUAAGUUUUAAACGAUGGCGACCGAAAAGAUCUUUUAAUAAUUUAAGCAAGAGUUUGGCCAAAACUGGAAAUUUAAAUGGAGACUCUCGAUUUCGAAAAAUGAGUAAAACAAACAUUAUUUUGAAUUUUUCUCUGUUUGAAUUAAAUCAGGCACACUUUCACCAUAAUAAAAUUGAUGAAGCAAAUGUAAGACUCAUGAUUCUAUAUAGUUCAGCACUGACAUCUUAUGUGCGACGAGGGAAAAAUAAACUCGUUGACAGCCGCGGUAAUUUUGUGAAAACUAAUAACAAUUGUACCAUGGCAUAUAUUAAGUUGAAUCAACCGAAAGAAUACAAAACACGUGUUCAAAGCCGUCAAAUAAAUCUUAAAGUAUAUCAAAUUUUAUCGACUACUAAACGAAGAUUGUUGACAUCUCGAAAGAUAGAGUUCGAAAGUCUUAAUUACGAAGAAACUCGUACGCAGUGGAUCGAAUUUGAUGUAACAAGAGCAGUUCGUAAUUGGUUAAACAAAAGCCACGAACAUUUAUGUAUUGAAAUUGAGUGCGAUAAAUGUAAAAGUAUAGGGGUUCGUAUACUUAAUGACGUUAGUUCCUCAACUUCGUCUGCAUUUUCGCCAAACAUUCAAAAAUUUAAUAUAAUGCCAGUUUUAAAUAUUAUUGGACAAGAAGUUCAUAGCAUCAUGUUAACUAAAAACAGCAGUGAGGAAUACGUUCACCAUCGAGAUAACUAUGAUAUCGACUUUCCUAGGGAAACAUUGAAAAAUAAUUGUUAUAAAUUACACCAACGUUGCUGCAGACAUAAAUUAGACGUUGUUUUCAAAAACAUUAAAGGAUUUGAAUUUAUAUUACAGCCAAAAGUGUUCGAUGCUGGCUAUUGUCACGGGCGCUGUCCGCCACGUCACAAUCCUGCCCAUCAUCAUGCUUUAUUACAAAGUUUAAUAUGGCAAGAUGAUCACACCAGAGCCCCUCGCCCUUGUUGUGCCCCAUCAAAACUUGACAUCUUAGAAAUUUUGCAUGUAGACGAAGAAAAUAACGAUAAAUUAAAGAUUUCAACAUGGACCGAUAUGCAGCGGUACCGUAAAAGAAGACACAGCUGUUUCCAGCCCGUUCCGUUCUGCUAGUAGCCGCAUUUAGCACAGCGAGGUAAAAUUAAAGAAUAAAAACUUAUUUGAUUUUCUGCAUUCACUUUAGAUACUUAAAAAAUAUUCCAUCAAAUAAAAAACCUUUUGUUGUGACAAAACUAAAAACCAAAGUUCUGCUUAGGGGUUCUGCUUCAUAUCCAACAAGAAAGGGCGGGGCCGAAGUUGACCCUUGCAGUCAGGUAGCGGCUUCAAAUCGGAUAACUUUGCCCAAAA